CAAAUGAAAACAUAUUUCAAAUAAUUUUUUCCCUUAUUGCAAAAGACACUCCUUAUUUGAAAGGAUUUGAAUUGUGAUAAGAUAUAUAAACUAUAAUUCAAAUUUAGGGAUGAAUUUAAUUACACUAAAAUAAUAUUUAAUAUUUAUAUACAAAUUAGAAAAAAUCAGUGUCGCGGGAAGGAGAACCGAGUUUCCACUAAAAUUUGGGCUAUGAGGAGAUACAAACAGGCUAGAUCCAAGAAUUGCAUCCUAUUAUCCCUUCAACUUCAGCAGUCCUUAAUACAAUCACUACAAUAUGCUCUGUACGGGUACCCCUAGAACAUCCUCUGCCUCUCUUUCUCUAUCAUGUUGAGGCUGAAGCUGAUUGAAUCAGAACUGGACAACAAAAUUAUAGAAAUCCAAGUCAUCAAAGCUAAGCAGCGAAAAGAAGAGGAAAGAAAAGAACAACGCACUCAACGGCAUUUUCAUGUAUCCAAUUGAAUGGUCAUUAACUGUAAUCUCCAUCACUGGACUUACAUUACAACUCAGCGCCAGGGAAAUUGAACUACCGACAUCCAAAUGACGGAUCCGAAUCUGGAUCUACAAGAAUCGGGUUGGGAGGAACUGAGGAAAGAUGCUCGAAAGAUCGAAGGCGAUCUCGAUGUUAAACUCUCUUCAUAUGCUAAGCUAGGUUCUAGGUUCACCCAAGGAGGUUUCCCCCUUUCAUUUAGCUGUAUCUCUUUAGAAUUUUGUUAUGUAGAUACUGGGUCGCCAACGCUUGGGUCAAGUAGAUCAUGGAAGUCUAUGGAAAUUGAAAUUCAAUCAUUGCUUGAGAAGCUGCUAGACAUAAAUGAUGCUAUGAGUAGAUGUGCUGCAUCUGCUGCACCAACUACUUCGGUAACCCAGAAACUUGCAAGGCAUAGAGACAUACUACAUGAGUUUACUCAGGAAUUUAGGAGAAUUAAGGGAAAUAUAAGCUCAAUGCGGGAACAGGCAGAGCUUCUGAGUUCUGUCAGAGAUGAUAUCAGUGAGUUUAAGGCAUCUGGGGGUAUGUCACCGAGAAUGCAAUUACUUAGAGAGCGAGCGGCCAUCCACGGGAACAUAGCUCAUAUAGAUGAUGUGAUUAAUCAAGCUCAAACGACAAGGGCUGUGUUGGGCUCUCAAAGAGCUUUGUUUGGAGAUGUCCAAGGCAAAGUAAAAGUUCUAAGUGACAAGUUCCCCGUUAUCCGUGGCUUGCUUGGUUCCAUAAGAAGGAGGCGUUCAAGAGACACACUUAUUUUAUCAGCAGUAAUUGCUGGUUGUACAUUGUUCCUUAUUAUCUAUUGGCUCUCAAAGUAACUAGAGAUACGAGUUAUUAAUAGCGUAAUGUUCAAAGUGGAAGGUUUUGCUUUGCUGAGAGAAUUUUGCAGUAUAAUUUGUUAGAACCGAUCACAUUCUCUGUUAAGCUUGAGGUACCUUCUUUUUGGUGCCAUUACACAGAAAA